AUGACGUGCGGGCUGCGAGGCGUCACCGCGACGUUCGGGCAACCUACCGAGCGGCCCUACCUCCACCACCUGUGCGGUGGCGGUGUCGUCAUGGACCUGGGACCGAUGCGCAAGAGUUACCGCGGGGACCGAGAGGCAUUUGAGGAGACUCAGUUGACCUCCCUGGACCCCGUGAAGCAGUUUGCUGCCUGGUUUGAGGAGGCUGUUGAGUGUCCUGACAUAGGGGAAGCCAAUGCCAUGUGCCUGGCUACAUGUACCAGAGACGGAAAACCCUCUGCCCGCAUGGUGCUGCUGAAGGGCUUUGGCAAGGAUGGCUUCCGUUUCUUCACUAACUUCGAGAGUCGAAAGGGAAAAGAGCUGGACUCCAAUCCCUUUGCUUCUCUUGUCUUCUAUUGGGAGCCUCUCAAUCGUCAGGUGCGUGUGGAGGGCUCCGUGAAGAAGCUGCCUGAGGAGGAGGCUGAGUGCUACUUCCACUCCCGCCCCAAGAGCAGCCAGAUCGGGGCCGUGGUCAGUCACCAGAGUUCUGUGAUCCCCGAUCGGGAGUAUCUGAGAAAGAAAAACGAGGAACUGGAACAGCUCUACCAAGAGCAAGAGGUGCCAAAGCCAAAAUACUGGGGUGGCUACAUCCUGUACCCACAAGUGAUGGAGUUCUGGCAAGGCCAAACCAACCGCCUGCAUGACCGGAUCAUCUUUCGGCGGGGCCUGCCAACAGGAGACUGCCCUUUGGGGCCCAUGACCCACCUUGGGGAGGAAGACUGGCUCUACGAGAGACUUGCACCCUGACUUCCAAUCUGUUCGUGCCGACCAGAGCUGAGGCCGAGUGCUAAGAGAGGGUGUGGGGUCUGGAGCCAGACCCUUCUAAACUCAACCCAUUUCCCUCCCUACCCCUUAUAUUUAAGGCUCUCCAGAGUUCAAGCUCCAAAUUCUGUAUUUUCAGUUGGCUUUCAAGUAGGUGGUCUAGUAGAGUGGAUGGACAUUUACAAAUGGGAAAAAAAGAAAUCCCACAAUUAUGUUCUUGACCUUGAAUGUGAUUUAUUGGGAGAGUUCCCUCAAGAGGUAAUAGCUGGUGUGAUUCCCUUUUUCUGGUGACCCUGAGAGGGCCCCCAGCUGCCCUGUUACCAGUGUGACUGAGCCAUACUGCCCAAAGCUGAUUGGUUCCAGCGUAAGCACCUGAGCCAGUCUAGCCAAUCGUUUUUUUCUUGUCAACAAUUUGAAAUUUGAAAUUUGAAAUGAAGAGAUCCAGAGUCUGAGAGGCAUUGUAGCCAAGUCGUUAAUGGCAGCCAAGAAGAUACAGCCUCCAGCUGCUGCUCUUGAAAUUCCCUGAGUGACCUUGGAUCCCUUCUCCCACCUCUGGGUUGUGCAAUUCCUCCUCCCGCCUCAAAACACCCACUAUCCUGUGGGGGGUGGGGGUAGGGGGAGGAGGAAAGGAAGAGGAAGGGAAGAGGAAGGGAAGAAGGAAGUUAGGAAGGAAGUUGUUUGGCGCUUAAACUAGCUAGAAUCAAUUUCUGUUGCUUGCAACUAAAGGAGACUUAACUUAUUUACUUGUGUACCCUACUGAUAACUGCCUCCCAUUAUCUGAAGCACCACGAUGUGGAAAAUGGAUUAAAUUUAUUAUCUGGAGCUCCAAAGGCACCAUAAGUGGAAGUUGCACGGAAGUAGAUUUCAUCUCAAUGUGAGGAGAGACUUCAAAUAGCCAGGACUGCCUAAGAUGGAGUGGACUACCUGUUAGGUCGCAAGUGUCUCUAGAAGUAUUCAAUCCCAGGUAGUCAGGAGUUUUAUAGAAGGGAUUCAUGUGCUGGUACCUAUCAGCCCGGCAGAUUUCAAGUAAGCUUUACUUUCCAUGCUUGUUUAUGAGAAUUAUAUCUGCGUGUAUAUAAACAUACAUAUAUAUAUUUCAUUUUCCAGAUAUAAAAUUGUUAUAGGGAUUAUACCUUUCUGACUACUCCUACAUCCCCUUCACCUAUCCCCCCCCCACCCCACCUCUACUGAUGAUGACUCCUAGACACUGGUUUUCUUCCGUGCUGGAAUUACUCAGGGAGCUUUAAUCAGAUGUGAUUUAACUGGCCCGAGUGUGGUCGGAGCUUUGGGAAAUUGAAAAGCUCCCCAGGGAAUUCAAUGUUGCCAAAAGUCGAGAGCCUCUGGUUUAGAUCCUUGCCACUCACAGUGUGGUCCACAGACCAGCAGCAGCAAUACCACUUGGGAGCCCCAGACUCGUGGAUCCCAUUCUACAUUAAAAAAAAAAAAAAUUUUUUUUUGACCUUUAUUUUUGAGAGAGAGAGAGGUUGGGGGAGGGGCAGAGAGAGAGAGGGAGACACAGAAUCGGAAGCAGGCUCCAGGCUCUGAGCUGUCAGCACAGAGUCCAACUCGGGGCCUGAACCCACGAACCACGAGAUUGUGGUCUGAGCCGAAGUCAGAUGCUUAACCAACUGAGCCAUCCAGGCGCCACCCCCCCCCCCACUUUCUACAUUUAACAAGACCGCCCCCCCCCCCCAGGUGACCCUGACCUCCAAACCAACGACCUCCCAUCCUCACCACUGGAUUCUUCAUCAAGGCUGGUCUGAGGCCUGUGCUGAACUGUAUUUACUUUUCCUGAGCUCAAGUAUGGUGACCAAUGACAACCUGAAUGAAUGGCUGUGGAGGGGAGCCAGGCUGGGUAAAUGUUUGCUGUGACUAAGCCAGGACCAGAGAUCUAUUAUCUGUGCACGUUGGCAUUGAACUUGCCAACUCUGUGAACUGCUUCAUUCCACUGUGUGGGUGUGUGCCGCGCGUCAGGGUCACGAACCGGCUUCUCCAAGGGUGGCCCUCUCGGUGCUGGUCCCCCUCUGAAGCCUGAGUGCAGGCAGGCACAAUGCUAACCCUGUGGCCACUGUAGGAGAGGGCGCUGGGGUGCAUUUCUCUACUUUGCCUUGUUAUUGGAAGCUGUGUAUCCCCCCACCCCCACCCCCUAGGUGUGGGCCUGGUUUCAGCUGUUCCUUUCCUGUUCUUUGACAAUCACUGUGCUAAGUCCGUAAUAAAAGUUCAUCAGCAGUGUGUGAGACGAA